UUUAAAGCGCAAAGGACGCUUUUAGCACCAAUAAUAGGGCAGAGGCGGGAUACUGAACCAACCACACCGAAUGACUUCGCUUUAGACCAAUAGUAGACUCUCUCUUGAGACGGUUUAUAUUAAGUUUGGGACAAUUAUAUGAAAGCUUUUUCGAUGUUUGUCCUAUCCUAGGCUUAAUACGAGUGACAGCUGUCCAAUCAGAUGCGUGGAUUUUUUCUACACCAUAUUCGCUUUGCCACAAUCUGGGCUCCUCCCCUUCGCCCUCCCCCGCUAGUAUUCCCGGGUCCGCCUGAGGAAUGUAAACUAUUCAACAUGGAGACAGCAGUCAAUAAGCUGGAGGCUCUGUUUCAAAAAGCCGAAUCAGACUUGGAUUACAUUGAACAAAAGCUGGAGUUUGAGAUAAGAAAAAGUCUUCCAGAAGAUGCAUCUGUACAGGAAAAUCCUGUCAAAUUAUUGGAACAGUUGGCAACAGUGAAAUCAAGGUUCAAAUCUUUAUCGGCCCAGCUGGAAACAAUUGCAGCUGACCAGCAAAAAUCAGUAGACAGUAUUCAAGCAACUAUUGGCAACACUUUGAAAAUCGUGCAACACUUACAACAACAAACUGAUUUUCAGGUGUCACCUUUCUCUCAAGAAGAGCUUUGUGCGCUUCAACAGUUAGAAAACCUAGCAAUGAAAGGAGGAAGUGUGCAGUGAACAAGGUAAUGAUAAAGAACAUCUGAAGGCACUGGCCGAUUCACAAAAUGGAUAUUGAUGAUAAAGCAAACCAGUAUCACCCCAAAUAACCAGUAUAACUCAUGUAAACCUUGUAAUUUAAAUUGUAUUAGGUGUUCUUUAUUUGUAAAUAUUUAAGAGCCUAUUUAAGCUGUAUAAAUUAUGUUCUACUUUCAAACAA